AUAAUCAACUGAUCGUAGUCUUUCAUUCAUGGUUGAGAGUUUGAAAUUGUUUUACUUUCCGACUCUAUAAACUUCAAAACGUUGCAUGUCAUCAUCGCCCAUAAAUUGAAUCUACAACCUUACUUUCAUUUUCAUGUUACAACAAACUUAAUUUUCAAACCAAGAAGAGAAAGAUACUAACUAACAUAUUUCUUCAUGCUAAUAACUGUUGACUUUUACGGCUUAGUAAACAAUAAUGGGAAAGAAAAAGUAUGGAAAACCAGCACAAAUCACUCAAACACAGGAACCAGACAGCCAACAAUCAAAUGGAGAGAAGAGGUUUGUUAAUCUGCUCCAUAUUUACACAUUAUACAAACAAAAACUCAGAAGGCUAACCAAAGAGGAGUUUGUUGUGAUGCUGUGCCAUGGGAGUAUUGGCAUGAAAGCUGCUCAUAAACUGCGUACAGAAUUAAUGAAAGCAAAAGAAGUACCUAAUAUAGCAUCAUUUGAAAAUAAUGUUGGAUUCCUAUCUUUACCAAGAUUUAUGCCUCUUGUAGCCCUUCUGGCAGAGAGAGCAGGAUACAAGCUCAAGCCAUCACUUGUUAAGAAAGUAAUAUUUUUGAAUACUCCUCAGAGGUUCCAGGAGAAGUUUGUUCCUCUGCUAGUGUACGGUUUUUGGUUCUUAGGUAGAGUCAUUAGUGACAGUUUAUCUGUAAAAGAACAAGUGAAUAGAGGAAAUAUGUUCAAUUUUGCCAAGGGCGAUAUGGGGUUUUGGUGGGCGGGAGUGAAAAUUUUAGAUUGGAACUAUUAUGCUAACAUGGAAGCUGAUUCGUGUAACUGUCUUUCAUUUGUUAAAUUGGACCGUCCGAAAUACAGAUUCUACAACAACAGAGCAAUCUUAAACAUGCAUAAACAUCCGUUUUAUUUUCUUUCGGAUGCAGAUUGGGACAACUUUAUGAUGACAAUUGAAAGUGUUCAACAUGAACUGGUGAUGGAUGACUUUAGCUUUCUCUCAGAAAAUCGUUGUUAUGCAGUUUCGAUAUCAGAGGAAUCAUCAUCUGUAGUGUGUACUGAGUGUGCCGAAGUUAUCUCAGACAAUAACUCCAUUACAUCAGAACAAUCAGUCAAUACCUUAGCUUCCAGAGAGUCUAUUGAUUAGACAUGUAACAUUCACUUUACUACCAAAUAUGGCCAUUUAUUCUAUUUUUUUAUCAAGUUUGAUUGUUUGUUUUAAUUUUCUGUGAUUGUUAACUGUUUAUUCAUUAUGGUUUGCUAAGUUAUGUUUUUAAUUUAAGCAUACACGCUUAUAACUAUCAAUUAUUGUGUCUUAAUAAUGGAGAAAUGAAGUCUCAUAAUUUUAUGACUUGAAUCUGUGGUGCAGCAGUAGCUCUUCUGUACAUACAAUACUGGUAAAUGUAUUUGUGCUGUGAUGGUAAAUAAAUUAUUACUUUUCACUAUAAA